AAUAAAAACACCAAAGAACACAACCAAACAAGCUGACAGUGGAGAAGCAGCGAAAAAGUCACGCAGAAGAAAGAAAGGAGUGUGAAAAAAAACUCAGCAGGAAAUCUGUUCCGUCAGCCACUGGACAGGAAGAGCCACGACCUGGGGUGAUUAAGCAGCUAAACGCGCAGAAAGCAGACAAACACGUCCCGGGUCCCCGUACCCCCUUUGGCGAAUGGUGACGAACAGGAGGAUACGCAGCUGUGUGUGAGCGCUAGUCCGUGAUUUUGUUAACCCUCCGCCACACACACACACCCCCUCUCCGUGCAGAAUGUGACACCGUUCCGUGCAAGACCGUGUCGAGAGUCGUUCGCUGGUGCAAUGGCGCUAGCGAAAGGAAAGUGAGCCGCGAAGGAGUAGCGAGAUUUGCAUUCCCCAUCGUCACCCGAACUCGGCCCCUGGCUGCCUUCGUCCGCGCAGGAGGGAAGGGCGGUCAUACGGUGCAGCGGAAAGGCGACUGUGUGUGUGUGUACGUGCGUGCGUGCAGUGUUGGGGCAGCAAGUAGGGCAGCAGACGGCAAGAGGGUGCUUCCUCACCUGCCCUGCCGAACGGUCCUGCAAAAGUUGUCGCCUGCUUUGUGGAAAGCUCGUGGUGUGCAUCGAGUGUGUGUCUGUGUGUGUGUGUGUGCGUGUGUCCAACAGAGUUUUGGGGUGAAUCCGUGAGUGUGUUUUUUUUCGCCCGUGCCAGUGUGUGUGAGUGUGUGGGUUAUUUGUUUUAGCACCAGUGCAAAAGGGCAAUAAUUCCGGCCGAUCGGCGCCAUCCUUCCAUCCUUCCGCGUGUUUGUUUUUGUGUCGGGACGGGAUAAUCGAAGGCACAACACACACACACGCCACCGUUGUUGCAAGAGAGCGUUGACAAAACAGUAGUGUUCGCGCGUGUGUGUAUGUGUGCGUGUUCUGGCUGCCGCAACGAAUAGCCUUCACUUCCCCCCGCCCCCUCCCUCCGCACCUGGGCCCGGGUGAUUUGCCGUUCGAAAGUGGAGUGGUCUUCCGGAAGUGCAGCGAAGCGGAAUGCCGCUCGAGCAUCUGCAAAUGUUUGUUUAUCUGCUGCACAAAUCCAAGUACCGAAGAAAACGGGACCCACCACCGAUCCGGUCGAUGGUGGGUGGCCGGCCCGCGAGCCCCCACAGCAGUGUGUGGCGCCUUGCGCUGCUGGUGCUGCUCGCUUUAUCGUGCCAUCUCGGCCCGACCGUGCUCGUCUCGAGCCACGGGCUGGCCGGGGUGGCCGACCCCGGCAAGUGCAGCGAGGUGCGCUGCAUGAACGGUGGCGUCUGCAAGAACGGCACCUGCCUCUGCCCGGACGGCUGGCAGGGGUCCGAGUGCCAAUUCUGCGGUGGUAAGGUUAGACUGACGGAACCAUCGGGCAGCAUCCACGAUGGGCUGGGCAACUACUCGAUCGGCGUCAAGUGCAGCUGGCUGAUCGAUGCCCGCGAGCACAACAGCAUCACCGACAAGGUGUCGACCGAGCCGGGCCGUCCCUCGGUGAUUCGGCUGCACCUGGAAGAGUUCGCGACCGAGUGCGGCUGGGACCAUCUGUACGUGUACGAUGGCGAUUCGGUCGAGUCGCCGCUGCUGGCCGUGUUUAGCGGGCUGAUGUACAGGAAAAACUUCACCAUCCGCCGCAUCCCGGAGGUGUUCGCGCACUCCGGGUCGGCCCUGCUUCACUUCUUCAGCGACGAUGCGUACAACAUGUCCGGCUUCAACAUUUCGUACCAGGUGAACGCCUGCCCGACGAACGACUCGUUGCUCAACUGUUCCGGCAACGGGGACUGCUGGAAUGGGGAGUGCAGCUGCAACAGUGGCUUCACCGGCGCGGCCUGCAACGUUCCCCGCUGCCCGAACUACUGCUCCGCCCAUCUGGGGCGCGGGGUGUGCGACAGGAAGCAGCAGCGCUGCGUCUGCAGCGCGGGCUACACCGGCAACGACUGCUCGCAGGCGAUCGCGCACGGCUACUGGACGGCGAUCGAUGCCGGCGAAACGGAGGGCUUCACGCCGCCGGGCAGCGCGUCGCACGGGGCGGCCGUGUUUCACGACACGCUGUACGUGAUCGCGGGCGAAAGCUACGGCAAGGCGGAAGCUCUGCUCUACAUGUACGACUUCAACGGCAAGGUGUGGGAAACGGCCCACACCGAGAGCAGGCCGGCGCCGGAGCUGCGGUACGGCGCGUCGACCGUGAUCUUCGGCGACAAGAUCUUCAUGUACGGCGGCGUGAUCGAGGGCAGGGGCGUUUGCGGCGAGCUGUGGGCGUUCGAUGUGAGCGCCAAGAUUUGGGAAAACAUCACCGUGAAGGCGGAACAGUGCAACGACACGUACGAGAUGUGCGGGCCGCUACGGUCCGCCGGCCACACCGCCACGAUCGUGUCCAACUACGACCAGGUCGGUGGGAAGAAGGUGCUGACCGGCGGGGGCAGCUCGCAGAAGAUGGUGGUCAUCUUUGGCCACUCGCCGCAGUUCGGCUACCUCAACACGGUGCAGGAGUUUAACUUCGGGACGCGCGAGUGGCGCAUCGUGCCGACGCGCGGCUACCCGGUGAAGGGCGGCUACGGCCACUCGGCCGCGUACGAUCCGCUGCGCGAGCGCAUCUACGUGUACGGCGGCAUCGUGUCGGAGAGCGACAGCUCGCAGCUGCUGAGCAACAAGCUGUACAGCUACGAGCCGCACGAGCGGCUGUGGACGCUGCUGGAGACGGCACCGACGGCGCGCUUCCUGCACACGGCCAACUUCCUGACGCCCGGUCUGAUGAUGGUGUUUGGCGGCAACACGCACAAUGAUACCUCGCACAGCUUCGGCGCGAAGUGCUACUCGCGCGACCUGAUGGUGUACGACGUGCUGUGCGACUCGUGGCACGCCCAGCCGAUGCCGGACGACCUGUACGCGGAUCUGGCCCGGUUCGGGCACUCGGCCGUCGUGUUCGAGCGGUCGCUGUACGUGUACGGCGGGUUCGACGGUCAGAUGGUGAACGAUAUGCUCCAGUUUACGCCCGGCGACUGUCAAGCGUUCAAUCGCACCGACCAGUGUCUUAAUGCGCGCCCGGGCGUCAAGUGUGUGUGGGAUAUCCAGAAGAGCCGGUGCCUGCCGGCGGCCGCGGUGCAGCGCGAGCGGCUGUUUGACCGCGACCAGGAGGGGCUGGAGGUGUGCCCGAAAAAGAGCCGGCUGGUGAUGACCCAGCACGAGCUGAUGGAUUACGAGCUGUGCAGCCAGCUGACGACGUGCCAGGGCUGCGUGUCGACCGCGUACGGCUGCAUGUUCUGCGGCAUCGGCAACGGGAAGGGUAUCUGCGUGAAGGAGAAAUGCCCGGACGUGUCGUACACGUACCGGGCCGACUUUUAUCCCACCAAGGCGCUCAAAGACUGCCCGGACAAUGAUGAGCACGUGUGUGCGCAGCUGCACGGCUGCCACGCCUGCACCGCGGUCAGCGUGUGCCACUGGGACUACGAGCACAGCAGGUGCCAGUACAGCCGGAACAAGUCGGGCGACGCGCUGAACGACGCCUGCCCGCCGGCCUGCUCGGGGCUGACGUCCUGCGGCAACUGCACGCAGGAGGAGUGCAUCUGGUGCCAGAACGAGCAGCGGUGCGUGGACAAGAACGCGUACACGGCCAGCUUCCCGUACGGCCAGUGUCGCGAGUGGACGACCGGGUCGAGCAAAUGCCGGGCGGCGAGCAGUGGCAAGAGCCAGUGCGGGUUCUACCGCACCUGCGCCCAGUGCCGGGACGAUCCGGCCUGCGGAUGGUGCGACGACGGCUCGCUGACCGGGCUCGGCAAGUGUCUGCCGGGCGGGGACAGUGGCGCACACGAGGAGUCGGAGUGCCCGGCGCAGCGGUGGCAUUUCACGCACUGCCCGAGCUGCCAGUGCAACGGGCACAGCACCUGUCCGGAUGCGAAGACGUGCAAGCAACCGUGCAGCAAUCUAACGUUCGGCCCGAACUGCGACAAGUGCAAGCCGGGCUUCUGGGGCAACCCGGUGAACGGGGGCAUCUGCCAGAAGUGCGAAUGCAACGGCCAGGCCCAGUACUGCCACAGCGAGACGGGCAAGUGUUUCUGCAGCACCAAGGGGCUGGCGGGCGACCACUGCGAGAAGUGCGACGCGACCAACCACUACCACGGCGAUCCGAGCCGCGGGUCGUGCUACUACGAUCUGACGAUCGACUACCAGUUCACGUUCAACCUGUCGAAGAAGGAGGAUCGCCACUUUACGCAGAUCAACUUCCGCAACUCGCCGGUCAAGCCGGACAUCGAUGCGGACUUUACGAUCACGUGCAGCGUGGCGGCGCGCAUGAACAUCACCAUCCGGACGGCGGGCGGCAUCGAGAAGCCACUGUUUUCCGCGGUCAACUGCUCCACGUUUCGGUAUCGCUUUUCCAAGGCCGAGCAUCAGUUCGGCGUCGAGGACAAUGUGACGCUCACGACGUUCUACGUGUAUGUGUACGACUUUCAGCCCCCGCUCUGGAUACAGAUUGCGUUUUCGCAGUACCCGAAGCUGAACCUGCAGCAGUUCUUCAUUACCUUCUCAACAUGUUUCCUCUUACUCCUCGUCAUGGCGGCCAUUCUGUGGAAGAUCAAGCAACAUUACGAUAUGUUCCGGCGUCGUCAGCGUCUGUUUGUUGAAAUGGAGCAGAUGGCAUCGAGACCAUUUUCGCAGGUUUUGGUGGAGAUUGAAAGUAGAGAGUACAACGAGCUAUCGCCAGCGGUAGAAAACAUCACAGCUGCACCGCGGAAACGUAAAAAGGACUCACCCAGUCCGAUUGCGCUGGAGCCGUGUGAAGGCAACAGGGCGGCUGUUCUUUCGCUUCUAGUCCGGCUGCCAACGGGCGGCCUUCAGCAUUCUCCUCCUGGUCAAUCGGCAGGUCUUGCCGUCGCAAGUGCAUUAGUAACGUUAGGAAACCCACGACGCUCGUCGAUAGAACAUCCGAAGGAACCUAAGACUAAGCGUAAGCAGAGCCAACACCCUGAUAGCUGUAUAUAAGAUAUCGUGUCUCUACGUGUACGUCCUCCCUCCCCUUUGGACAAAGCAAACCUGGGGUCACAGCAGGGGUCAAACACGCUUGGCGGCAAUGCGCCGGCCGGACCUCAAACCCUACCGGGGAUCAUACAAUAUGUGUGUGGACUAAAUGUGCCGAAUAACGACUGCUAUUCGCAUCCACCCCACUCCCGCCUCCCUCCCCACGCAUUCGGUGUGUGUGUGUGUGUGUGUCCGUUAAAAAAAGGUGAACCGGCGCUAUAUGUACGUAUGACAUCAGCAACAGGGCACAUCAGUUAGCAAGGAAAGAGAAGAACGAAGCUUUAUUGAAGGUGAAGCGAAUUCGAAACGGUACCGCCGUUGGGUAAAGACGAAUGAAAGCGAGCUAGAAUGGCUUGCAAGCCUGGAUAAAAUACAGAGUCUGAGACUAGAUAAACACACACACCCACACAUACACAUAUACAUACGCGCAUCUGCGAAGAAAGGCGUGGGGUUUACAAUAAUGCUAAUUAUUAAUUACACUACCAAUAAUAAUAAUUAUAAAAUAAUAAUAAUAAUGAUCAUGAAGCUGCUGCUGCUGCUGCUGGUAAUGCAGAUGAUGGUAGCCGAUGGCGGCAACGUGCAGUACACGGUCGGAUAAAGAGCGUAA